AUGGCUUCAGCUCCAAGGCCAAGACCUUCCAGUUUCAACCCUUCAGAACAUUGGCUCCUAAUGGCAGCCACGUUACUCGUUAGUGGAUUCUUGGGUUAUGUAGUUUAUGAUGCAGUAAUGGCCACAGCAUCUGAGAUGCUACAAAGGUUGCUGGUCAUUUCUCCUCUGAUUCUGAUCAUCGCUGUACAUUGGCUCUCGGCGGGCAGCCAGUUUAACAUUCCUAUUCCAGGGUCUGAGCCUGGUGCCAUCCAUAGAGCUGGAGGUUCACCUUGGGGUGUGGCUUUGGUGUUGUUGCUUCUUGUCUUUCUCAUAUCUUACCAGCCUUCCUUGUACGGCCUUAUCUUCUAG